UCAUUUGUCACAUUCAUUCUUAUGCCAUGGGCAGUGUAAACAUUCCUAGUCAAUCUGAUCUGAACAAGAUGUAUUGCCAUAUGCAAUACCAACUGCUGUACCAUGGAACCUGUUAAUUUGUCGCGGCUAACAUGAAGAUGUGGAUCUUUGUCAAGAUCUGUGAUAGCAAGACCGUCACUCUGGAGGUCGUGGAUUCAGAUACAAUCUAUAGCGUCAAGGCUAAGAUUCAAGACAAGGAGGGCAUACCUUCAUGCCAGCAGAGGCUCAUGUUUGAUGAUCAGCUAUUGGUGGGCAGCUGCACCCUGAAGGACCACAGCAUCCAGAACGAGGCCACCCUAACCCUUCACCUUGUAAUCCAAGGGAUGCAUAUCUUUGUCAAGCCGAUCGUUGGUAAGAUCAUGACCUUUGAGGUUGAUAGAGCAGAUAACGUGUACAGUAUAAAGGCGAAGAUUUUCGAUGAGACGGGCUUUGCCCCAGUUGGGCAGCGCCUCAUCCUUUAUGGGAAGAUGCUGGAGGAAGACCGCACCCUGGCCUAUUAUGGCAUACAAAAUGACUCUACCCUCCAUCUCAACUUGCGCAUCCCGCUUCUGAGAGAUCGGAUACGCAUCUCGAUCAGGACGGUUACUGGGAAGACCAUCGUUGAACGGAAUGGUAUGCGCUCAGAGACCGUUGGCAAUAUCAAGGCGAAGAACUAUGUUGAGUUGGGCAUUCCCACAGACCAGCAGUGCCUUUCCACAGGCGGAAAGCCGCUUGAGGAUGGCUGCACUGUGGAGGAGGCGAAGAAAUGUUGUUGCUGCGAUCUCCUUCUGCAACUCCGUCUUCCUGGUAUUCAGUGA